AUGCCAUCCGCCGCACUGCCUUCCCGAGACCGAACGUUUGAAAUUGACGCGCCAUUAUGAGCGGAGUGUCGUUGGACACAAUGGUAGGUCAAGAAUUUCAAGAUUUUCACUAUUCACUUCUUUUCCGAUAUCAUUCGGUCGCGAGUGGUGACACGAACAACCGCAAGCGAAGCGCGUCUCGUAAUAUCCAGAAAUUCGCCCCCAAGAACUCGGAAUUUCCAGUUCAAAAACGCAACGUUUCCGCGCCGAAUAAAGCGCGCCAAAACCGCUGUGUCGUUGUUUCCGUCCAUUGCGACGGAGUUCGCCGAGAAGAACGCGCGGGAAUGCCGAUCGCUCGAUUGAUGGCGAUUGAUUGGAGAGGAGCCAAACCAAAUCAAAAUCGAUAGAAACGUUCAAUUUUCCCCUCGGUCGUCGUUUUUAGGCGAAUUUGCAACAAAUUUCGUGAGUGUUUCGCCUCGUAAUCAGUGAUUAUUUGAUUGUCGAUGGAUGGAGCAGCCCGUUAUCAGUCAAAUAGGGCCCACGGCUCGCCAUUUUAUCAGUUGGAGUAGUGGAAAACGGACAACUUUGCUUUCGAUUUUCCGUCAGCCUAAUUUUUUCUUCUUCUUUAAAAAAAAAAAGAGAAUUUAUCGAUUUUUGCUGAAUUCCAGAAGACAUGGGCUCGUCGCUGUACACGGGCGGCCAGGCGCUCUUCAUUUGUCUGGCGUUCAUCGGCCUCGACCUCGCCGUCAACAUUUUCGGACUUGCAUGGAACGGAAAAGUGAGCACAUCUCGCAACCGACUCGACAUUUCGCAACUUAAAUCUCUAUUUUUCAGUACUUUACAUUCGACAACAUUGCGCACUGGUUCGACCUGCCCAACUAUAGCUUCCUCAAAAAUCCCGUCGAUUUUUUGGUAAUUAAAAAAAAAAAAGAAUUUUACGCCAAUAACUAUACUUUCCAGGCCGUCGCUCUGAUUCGUGACAGUAUUUUGCUCGGCGGAGCCGUUUCCGCGUGGGCCUCACCGUCCGGAUUCGCGCAAGUCGCCGAAAAUGUCAAGUUAGUGUUUUAUGGGCGCAGCAGCACUGAAUUUGUUCACAUUUUCAGUGCUGCGCCUUUGAUUUUCCGCGUUUUGCUACGGUAAUCUUAAAGGCGCAGAGCUAAAAUUUGACAACAGUUUCUACACGUUUUUUUUCCACAGAAACGUAGUGUUCGCGGCAAUGCUUCUGAUCGUGGCGUUUGCGCCGUCGAAGCUGCUCGCGUUCUACGAAGACGACAACAUCCGUUUGGCGGUCGGCGACUGGAUCCUCAUGAUUUGGUGCAUUUUCGCGUCGCUCCUCCUUCAAGCCGUCUGGACUACGGUACUCACACACGUGGCGGAAGUGGCCGCCGGCACCGGCGACUCGAUGCUCUUCGGAGACGCCGAGCACGAGGAACGCCUUCGGCAGGAGGAGGCCGAAAAGGCGGCCGAGCAGCGGGAGACCUUCCAGCUCUUGUACCGCCUUCUGGGCUACAUGGGACGGCAGUGGAAGUACUACGGAAUGGCCUUCUUCUUUCUCUUCUGCUACUCUCUCAGUAGGUUUCGCUUUGAAAAGCGAGAAAAAAAAAUUAAAAAAAGAGUUAGUAAGCCAUCAUACUUUCUUGUCAUCAUGAGUGUUAUCAAGAGUAGCAAAUAAACCUAAAUCACUUGGCGUGGACACGAACCCGAGCGAGCGAGCGCGCGCGCGCUGCCACUGCGCUACGAGUGUAACACUCGCUGCCGGCAGCCGAGGGCGGUUAUAAAGACGAGUGGAUGCGCUCAGUCCUGGUCGAGAAUUGUCCGAACUAUCGCGUUUCACGUUUCAGGUCGCGUUUUCAUCCCAUAUUACACCGGAGAAGUGGUCACGGCGGUGUUCGGCGACCAGGCAUCCUAUGAGAAACUGCACCGAACCGUCCUGAUCAUGGCACUACUCUCGCUCGCCUCGUAAGCCGAAAAAAUCUGAAAAACGCUCUAAAAACCUCGUUUUCAGCACUGUUUUCGGCGGACUUCGCGGCGGAUCGUUCACGUACGCGCACGCGACCAUCGAUCGACAGAUCCGCAGCGAUUUGUUCGGCGCCGUCGUCAAACAGGAAAUCGGAUUUUUCGAUUUGAACAAAACGGGCGAAAUUUGCUCAAGACUCUCGGCCGAUUGUCAGACAAUGUCCAAUACGUUGUCCCUGUACAUGAACGUCUUGACCAGGUACGUACAGUAAUCCUACACUCAUCCUAACGACAAAAAAAAUCGAUUUAGCGUCGAGAAAAAAUCGACGAACUUUGAACGAGUAUUGUAGCGUUCAGAGAAGAGACGUAGAUCUGAAAUUGUUUUUCUGAAAGCUUCACACCUAGCACUGUCUUUUUGUAAUAGAUCACUUUUUUCUAAAGUUUCUCCUUGGUGAACUGUAGUCCGUGGAAGUUGGCGCUGCAAUUCAUCUCACUUCAAGUUGCCCUUACUUUCCAGAGCUACAGUAUCGCAACGAGUGGUUGUAGAGAAAAGUUGUCAACUACAAAAAGAAAGUUCGAAUUUAGUAGUAUAAUUUUGUACUUGACAACUUUUUUCUACAACCACUCCUAAGUGUAGUGCAGCUCUCGGAAGUUUGGGUUGUAAUUCAACUGGCCGUAAAUAGUGCGAACAAUCUAAAAGCUACCGUACACCGGGGAGUAGACGACAAAAAUACAGUGACAAACUACAGUAAUCCUUCAGAAACCUGACAAUGCUCUUCGGCUCGCUAAUCUUCAUGUUCACGCUCUCCUGGAAGCUCUCCAUGAUCACCCUCAUCAAUAUUCCCAUCAUUUUCCUCGUCAACAAAAUUUUCGGUGUUUGGUACGAUGUAAGUGUGACUGGGCUACGGUUGUUGCGAGCAUAGACCCAUACAAUAUCGCAGACACUGUCGGAAGAAACGCAAAAUUCUGUGGCCAAAGCGAACGACGUCGCGGAAGAGGUGCUCUCCUCGAUUCGUACCGUCAAAUCGUUCGCGUGCGAGGACUACGAGUCGAGCAGGUACGGUAGACGACGACGGCCUACAGUAAUCCGUAGUACCGUAAUCCAUGCGAAACCCCGUUUAGAUUCAUGACCUUCCUCAAUGUGACGCUGAAAAUCGCCACGCGCAAAGUGUUCGUCGUGAUCGGACUCAUCUGGUCGAAUGAGGUAGGGAUCAGAGAUGUUGGGAAUUCCGUGUUCCGUGUUCCGUGUUCCGUGUUCCGCGUUUUUUUGCAAUAUUUUUUCCGUGUUCCGUGUUCCGUAAAAAAAAAAAUUUCCGUGUUCCGUGUUCCGUAGAAAUAAGUUUUUUUCCGUUUUCCGUGUUCCGUGUUCCGUAUAAACUAUAUUUUCCGCGGAAAAAUUCGAUCACAAAUUUAUCUCCGGAAAGAUUAGGACAAUUGACGUUUUGUGGUCAAAAUUUGAAAAUUUUCGGAUUCGGACCAUAUUCGUGAAAAGUGGAUUCCAUUUUCAGUCGUUUUUUACUGUAGUUGUUUACUGUUGUGUUGUUGGUUUUGUUAUUUUUAUGAAAUUUGCAGUAAAACUUUCACAUGAGUCAAACAGCUGCCUUGUCAGUCAGAUAAUCGAAUUAAACAAAACAUUAUUUUAAAAAAAUCACUGGAAUUCUCUUGAAAACGCUUUUUUCCGUGUUCCGUAAAAAAAAAAUUUCCGUGUUCCGUGUUCCGUGUUCCGUAGAAAUAAGUUUUUCCCGUUUUCCGUGUUCCGUGUUCCGUAAAAAAAAAUUUUCCGUUUUCCGUGUUCCGUGUUCCGUAGAGUAAAAUUUUUAUUCCCAACAUCUCUGGUAGGGAUUACGGUAGACGUCUACAGUAAUCCGCUCAACAAUUGCAGCUCCUUCAAAUGGGCAUUCUGACGAUUGUCCUCUGGUACGGAGGACAUCUUGUCAUUGAGAACAAAGUCGAGUCCGGACUGCUCGUCUCGUUUUUGCUGUAUCAAUUCCAACUCGGCGAAAACUUGAGGGUACGCUUCUCCGCUGCUACAAUAUCUGAAAAGACUGUACAUAUAAAAUGGGAAACAUUUUGUUUUUGAAAAAAAAAAAAAAAAGAGGACUUGUAUAGAGGAAUUUUGAGUCGGCAAGACUUGAUAGUAUUUGGAGGCGUGUAACUUGAAAACGAAGAGUUGUUCAAUGAAAUGAAUAGCGACAAAGUUGUGCAGAAUAAAAUUUGCAACAUUUUUUCAGUUGGUCACUUUUUGAAAAAGUCACUGGUUUUCGAGUUACAAGCAUUUGAAAAUAGAUAUGAAUGAGGGUAUUUCUGAAACUUGACCGUCAAACUUUGAACGCACACAACUCGAGACGCACAAGUUUUAUCGAAAAGUGACCAACUGACAAAAUGUAGCGAUUUUCAAGCUCUCCAACUUUGUAACUGAUCAUUUUUCUCUAGGAACUCGGCGAAGUAUGGAACGGACUGAUGCAAGCGGUCGGCGCGUCUCGCAAAGUGUUCGAGUUUAUCGAUCGGCGGCCACGCGUCGAAAACACCGGUAGCUACGCGCCGGACACGAUGACCGGCAAAAUCGAGUUUCGCCACGUCGCAUUCUCGUAUCCGAUCCGUCCGGAUCUUCCGAUUAUGGAAGAUCUGACGUUCACCGUCGAGCCGGGAGAGAUCGUCGCGCUCGUCGGACCGUCCGGCGGCGGAAAGAGCUCGUGCAUCGCCAUGCUCGAGCACUUUUACGAGCCGACGAGCGGCGAGGUUCUACUCGACGGCGUGCCCAUCAGGUAGCCCGUACUUUUCUGGUCUCGCCACGACACACUAGUCUUCUCAGAGAGUACGAUCACAAAUUUCUGCACACAAAAGUGGCGCUCGUCGGUCAGGAGCCGGUCCUCUACGCCCGCUCGGUCACCGAAAACAUUGGAUACGGUCUCGACAAGUUCGACGAUGAUAUGGUCCAAAAAGUGAGUAGACGGAGGCCACAGUAACCUACAGUAAUCCGGUUACAGUCGGCAAAACUCGCCAACGCGCACACUUUUAUCAUGAACGACACGACCGACGGAUACAAUACGAAUGUGGGAGAGAAGGGAAGUCAGAUGUCAGGUACCGUAAUCCCAUUCGGAGUACUGUUGAUUUGAAAAUGAAUCGUUGCACGUUUAGGAGGUCAGAAACAAAGAAUUGCGAUCGCGAGAGCACUUGUUCGUCAGCCAGUCGUCCUUCUUUUGGACGAAGCCACGUCGGCGUUGGAUGCCGAAUCCGAGCAUACGGUAGGUUUGGACACGUCCUAUAAUUCUGAAAAUGUGUUUUAUGAAAUCCUCACGUCUUUUACUGUGUUUUUGUAGUUGACAACUUUUUCCUACGACCAGUCUCUGGAGUACUGUAGUGCUUGGAAGUUGGGACUGAAAAGCAGUGACUUCGAGCGGUCCCUAACUCUAAACAACUACAGUACUCCAGAGAAUGGUUGUACGAAAAAGGUUUCAACUACAAAACGAAAGUUUACAUUUGGCAGUAUAAUUUUGUAGUUGACAACUUUUUUGUACAACCACUCCUCGGGAUACUGUAGCUCUCGGAAGUAGGCGCUCAUUUUCAUGCGGCCUGAACUAGCCUCAACUUCCAAGCGCUACCGUACUCCAGGGAGUGGUCGUAGAAAAACGUCGUCAACUAUAAAAGUAAAGUGCCAGAUGUCGACAAUGUGCAAAAAAAUUUUCAGACCAAUGUGUCAUCGCUAGAUGCUACAGUACCCAUUUGAAGUUUUCGAAUUUUCUUCAGAACACAAAAUAGUCUUGUAACACUUUUUCCAAGUCGAAUGCCCAUUUUUCAGGUGCAAGAAGCCAUCUCGAAAAAUUUGAAAGGAAAAACGGUGAUUCUCAUUGCUCACCGACUGUCGACUGUGGAAAAUGCGGACAAGAUUGUGGUCAUCAACAAGGUGAGCUCAUGGCGAGUCGAAAGACACCCAUAUUGUAUGGCUUCGAAAAUUUUGCGGUUUGGGCUCGGCGAGCUCGAAGCCCAGAACUCGAUAAUAGUCGAAAAUUGAAGUGCUCGCCGCUGACAUCGAAACAGACAAUAUUGCAGGGCAAAGUGGAACAACUCGGCAACCACAAGACACUGAUGGAACAGGAGGGACUCUACAAACAACUCGUGCAACGGCAGAUGAUGAGCGGCGACGACGACGACGACGUUCUGGACGCGGAGAUCGAGGAGCCGGAGCCGACGAGAGACGGAUCCGGCAGAUCCACCCGGACCCGCAGGAUCAGAAGCCCCUCGCAAUCGGUCUCCCAGUCCUUUUUGGGCACCUCGUUCGCCAGCAGCUACUUGUAG